AUGGGCUAUGUUUGUUCCCGAGACCGGGAAGGGGAGCACCUGGUCUCCAAGGGGGAGUGCGAGGCGCGGGGCUGCUGCUACGUCCCCGUUCUCGCGCCGGGGUCUGGCGGUUGGCAGCCCUGGUGCUUCUUCCCGCCCGGCUACCCCAGCUACAGGCUGCAGAACCUGACUGCCACCGAGACGGGCUACACCGCCAGCCUGACCCGGGCCGCGGCCAGCGUCUUCCCGGGCGACGUCGUGGUGCUGCAGCUGGAUGUGCGGUUUGAGACGGACGCCAGGCUCCACUUCACGCUCAGGGACCCGGCCAACAAGCGCUACGAGGUGCCGCUCGAAACCCCGACCGCGAGCAGCCGGGCGGUCUCGAAGCUCUACAGCCUGCAGUUCUCGGCCGACCCCUUUGGCCUGAUCGUUCUCAGGGAAUCCAGCGGGCAGGUCCUGCUGAACACUUCCGUGGCUCCCCUGUUCUUCACAGACCAGUUCCUCGAGAUCUCCACCUCCCUGCCCUCCCGCCUCAUCUCCGGGCUGGGGGAGCACCUGACCCCGCUCGUCCUUGACACCCAGUGGACCAAAAUUACCCUCUGGAACCGGGACAUGGCACCCGUGGUGAGGGGCAGGGGCGAGGGAAGCCCUGCCUUAGCAGGGAGGGGAGUGUCCCAGAGCCCCCCGGGUCUUAUCCUAGAGCUCAGACCCCAAAGGGGGCUGCUGAACAGCAACGCGAUGGAUGUGGUGCUGCAGCCCAGCCCUGCCCUGACGUGGAGGACAAUUGGUGGCAUCCUGGACUUCUAUGUCUUCCUGGGUCCAGACCCCAAGAGCGUGGUCCGGCAGUACCUGGAUGUCAUUGGGUACCCCUUCAUGCCGCCCUACUGGGGCCUGGGCUUCCACUUGUGCCGCUGGGGCUACUCCUCGAGUGCGAUCACCCGGCAGGUUGUGGACAACAUGACGGCUGCGGGCUUCCCCCUGGACGUGCAGUGGAACGACCUGGACUACAUGGACGCACGGCGGGACUUCACCUUCAACCGGCGCAGCUUCCCGGACUACGCCGAUAUGGUGCGAGACUUCCACCGCGACGGCCGGCACUACAUCAUGAUCGUGGACCCGGCGAUUAGCAGCACCAGCCCUGCCGGCAGCUACAAGCCCUACGACGAUGGGCUGAGGCGAGGGGUGUUCAUCCGAAACGCGACGGGGCAGCCUCUGAUUGGGAAGGUGUGGCCGGGUCCGACCGCCUUCCCCGACUUCACAAACCCCGAGACGCAGGAGUGGUGGCACGACGUGGUGAAGGAGUUCCACGACCAGGUGCCCUUCGACGGCAUGUGGAUCGACAUGAAUGAGCCCUCGAACUUUGUGCUGGGCUCCGUGGACGGGUGCCCCAGCAACAAGCUGGAAGACCCACCUUACGUGCCAGGCGUGCUGGGGGGGUCCCUGCGCUCGGCCACCAUCUGCGCCUCCAGCCAGCAGCACCUGUCCUCGCACUACAACCUGCACAACCUGUACGGGCUGACGGAGGCCAUCGCGUCCCAUAACGCGCUGGUGCGGGUGCGAGGCAAGCGUCCCUUUGUGAUCUCCCGCUCCACCUUCGCUGGGCACGGCCGCUACGCCGGCCACUGGACCGGGGACGUCUUCAGCUCCUGGGAGCAGCUGUCCUCCUCUAUAGCAGAGGUGCUGCUCUUCAAUCUGUAUGGGGUGCCGCUGGUCGGAGCUGACAUCUGCGGCUUCACGGGAGAUGCCUCGGAGGAGCUGUGCGUGCGCUGGACCCAGCUGGGCGCCUUCUACCCCUUCAUGAGGAACCACAACGACCAUGGCAGCCAGCCCCAGGAGCCGUACGCGUUCAGCCCGGCAGCGCAGAAGGCCAUGAGGAAGGCGUUGCUCCUGCGCUACACGCUGCUCCCGUAUCUCUACACCCUCUUCCACAAGGCCCACGUGGCAGGGGAGACCGUGGCGCGACCCCUCUUCCUCGAGUUCCCUACAGACCCCAACACCUGGACCGUCGACCACCAGCUCAUGUGGGGUGCGGGCCUCCUCAUUACCCCGGUGCUCGAGCCCGGGAAGGCCAAAGUGAGCGGGUACUUCCCUGCGGGGACCUGGUACCACCUGGUGACGGACACCGUCCUCCACAGCAAGGGCCAGUGGAUCCUCCUGCCUGCUCCGCUCGACACCAUCAACGUCCACGUUCGGGAAGGACACAUCCUGCCCUUGCAGGAGCCUGGCUUCACCACGACCGAGUCCCGCAAGAAGGGGAUGACGCUGGUGGUGGCACUGACAGCAGACGGCUUCGCCCUGGGCGACCUGUUCUGGGAUGACGGCGAGGGGCUGCAGACCUUUGAGAGGGGCGAUUACACCCAGAUCCUCUUCCUGGCCAUGCGCGGCACGCUGGUCAGCGAGCUGCUGCGGGUCAACAGCCAGGUGGAUGGGCUGCUGCUGCAGAGGGUGGCGGUGCUGGGCGUCCCCAGCCCCCCCCAGCACGUCCUGGUGAACGGCGCCCUCGUCGACGACUUCUCCUACCGCACCGACACCGAGAUCCUGACAAUCCAGCUGUCCCUCCCGCUGGGGGAGCAGUUCACGAUCACCUGGGCUUGAGCGGUCCUGGAGCUGCCUGCCUGCUGCCACGGCUCUUCCCGGUGGCCCAGGGUUGAGCGUGGCGGGGCAGCGUCUCACUGCCAUCGCUCGGCUCUGCUUUUUCACUGUGAUCGGGGCCUUUCCCUGCUUCCUGCUGCCUCGUGCUACUUGCUUGGCCUGGAGUCUUGGCUUGACCGUCCCCGGCUUUGUGGAUGCUCAGGUGGGAGCCUAGCUCGGUGCUGCCCCUGCCUCCAGUGCAGGGAGGUGAAGCCAGGACCCAGCUGCAGGAGGGAAUGGGGCGAACUGUUGCUGGCAUCUGCUGCUGCCUUUAAGGCUUGAUCCAGGUCCCGUGUGAGUCAGUGGCCAAAAGCCCCAGUGGGGCGGGCGGGGAGAUGAGGAUGGCGACUUCCUCUCGCUGCCCAAGUGGGGAAGGGACUUAGCUGCAGGCAGGGACGCCAGGGCUGGGCUCCUGUGCAAAUCCUGGGGCUUGGUUUGCCAACACCAUUAGCCUGUCACGCUGGGCCCUGGAGCUGCCUCGAGGUUAGAGCAGCCCCCCAACGUCAUGGCAGAAGGGCUGGGCCCGUCCUUGAUGCUGGACUGGUGCUUGGAUAUCCCGGUGCCACAUUGCUGUGCUGUGGGGGUCUAUUGCUGCCCUGAACACAGCAGAGAUGGGGCUUGGGGCUGCGUGGCCUGCCCCGACGGUGCUUCCCACAGUGCUGGCUGGGUCAUACGGGUCUCCAAUAAAGCACUGGUUUAAAUAUC